CCCCGAGACGCGUCGGAAGUGGCUAAUCAGAACCCGCCGGGGGGGUGGAGACUCCAGCUCCGGAGUGAGGCGACAGAAGGGAGGGGGCUAGAAUGGAGCGCUCGCCAACGGCCGACGCUCCAGACCGGCCCGCCCCCCGCAGCCGCAUCCAAUCGCAAUGCUGAGGUCUGGAGAUGGAGCCAAUCAGGUCUAACCAGGAGACGGAGACGCCGGCGCUCUACUAGAAGGGAUAGAGGCGGAGCGACCGCAAACCGGGGCUCCAGGUUUUCUUCCAACGGAGACCAAUCGCAAGGCAGAUAAAAGCGACUGACUGUCACAAAGGCCAGUUAGAGCCUCCGGAGGGAAGCUGGCCCGGCCUCUUCUCUGAGGGACGGCUGUACCUACCAAUAGUAUGGGCGAGAAGGCGGUCCCUUCGCCUAGGAGGAGGCGGGUGAAGCGGAGCUGCCCUUCAUGUGGCCCAGAGCCUGGGGGUGAAGAGAAGAAGGGGAGAGGGAACCCUAUUUCUGUCCAGCUGUUCCCCCCAGAGCUGGUGGAGCAUAUCAUCUCAUUCCUCCCAGUCAGAGAUGUAGUCGCUCUGGGCCAGACCUGCCACUACUUCCACGAAGUCUGCGACGCCGAGGGCGUGUGGAGACGCAUCUGUCGCAGGCUCAGUCCUCGCCUACGAGAGCAGGGUUCUGGGGUCCGGCCCUGGAAGAGAGCUGCCAUUCUUAACUACACGAAGGGCCUGUACUUCCAGGCAUUCGGGGGCCGCCGCCGCUGUCUCAGCAAGAGCGUAGCCCCCCUGCUAGCCCACGGCUACCGCCGCUUCUUGCCCACCAAGGACCAUGUCUUCAUUCUUGACUACGCGGGGACCCUCUUCUUCCUCAAAAAUGCCCUGGUCUCCUCUACCCUUGGCCAGAUCCAGUGGAAGCGAGCCUGCCGCUAUGUUGUGUUGUGUCGUGGAGCCAAGGAUUUUGCCUCGGACCCAAGAUGUGACACGGUUUACCGCAAAUACCUCUAUGUAUUGGCCACUCGGGAGCAGCCAGGCAUGGUGGGCACGACGGGCAGCAGGGCCUGUGACUGUGUCGAGGUCUAUCUGCAGUCCAGUGGGCAGCGUGUCUUCAAGAUGACUUUCCACCACUCCAUGAGCUUCAAACAGAUUGUGCUCGUUGGUCAGGAGACGCAGCGGGCUCUUCUGCUUCUCACAGAGGAAGGAAAGAUCUACUCUUUGGUAGUGAACGAAACCCAGCUGGACCAGCCACGCUCCUACACCAUCCAGCUGGCCCUGCGGAAGGUGUCCCGUUGUCUGCCUCACCUUCGUGUGGCCUGCAUGGCUUCCAACCAGAGCAGUACUCUCUACAUCACGGACCAGGGGGGAGUGUAUUUUGAGGUGCAUACCCCAGGGGUGUAUCGUGAUCUCUUUGGGACCCUUCAAGCCUUUGACCCCCUGGACCAGCAGAUGCCGCUUGCUCUCUCACUGCCUGCCAAGAUCCUAUUUUGUGCUCUUGGCUACAAUCACCUUGGCCUGGUGGAUGAAUUUGGCCGGAUCUUCAUGCAGGGAAAUAACAGAUAUGGGCAGCUGGGGACAGGGGACAAAAUGGACAGAGGGGAACCCACACAGGUGCAUUAUCUACAACGCCCCAUUGCCCUGUGGUGUGGCCUCAACCACUCCCUGGUGCUGAGCCAGAGCUCGGACUUCAGCAAGGAGCUUCUGGGCUGCGGCUGUGGGGCUGGAGGCCGCCUCCCUGGCUGGCCUAAGGGGAGUGCCUCCUUCGUGAAGCUCCACGUCAAGGUUCCUUUGUGUGCCUGUUCCCUCUGCUCGACCAGAGAGUGCCUCUACAUGCUGUCCAGCCAUGACAUCGAGCACCACCCCACCUACCGGGACCUACCAGCCAGCAGGGUGGUGGGGACCCCCGAGCCCAGCCUGGGGCCCGGAGCAUCCCAGGACCCUGGGGGGACAGCCCGGGCAUGUGAGGAGUACCUCAGCCAGAUCCACAGUUGCCCCACGUUGCAGGAUCGCAUGGAAAAAAUGAAGGAGAUCGUGGGCUGGAUGCCCUUGAUGGCGGCACAGAAGGAUUUCUUUUGGGAGGCCUUGGACAUGCUGCAGAGGGCUGCUGCAGGGGUCGGCCCAGGUCCCCCAAACCCUGAGAGCUGA